GGGAGAGCAAGGCAGAGUGUAAGGGAGGUGACUGAAGGGCUGAGCCAGGAAGUUGUCUUCAUGCUGCAGACAAAGGAGAGCUCUCACAAUGAAGUCGGAGAUUCUCUGCAGCUCGCUGCUGCUGCUCAGCUUCAUCCCAAGUCGUUGUCAAGGAAGCAACAUCUUGGUCCUGCCAAUUGAUGGCAGCCACUGGAUUAACAUGGACGUCAUACUUCAAGCUCUGCACUCCAGAGGACAUGACAUCACAGUUUUGCGUAGCAGCAAGUCCUGGCACAUCAAGGAAAACUCCACCAACUACAAAAUCAUUACAACAAAGGUGGAGAAGGCAUUGGAUGAAACGUUUAUAACAACACUCAUCUCUGACUGGAUCGCUUUCGACCGAGGGGCUAUUCCUUGGCAGAGCUUCUUUCAGGUGACAGUGGGACUGUUUGACAUUUGUGUUGAGGCUCAUGCUGCGGUGACUGAGCACGUCUCAGCCAUCCUGGACGAUCAAGAGACAGUGCAACAAAUAAGAGACAGCAACUUUGACGUCUUGCUCACUGACCCUGGCUGGGGGGGAGGACCGGUUUUAGCAAAAUACUUCAACCUCCCCGUGGUUUAUGAUGUCCGAUGGCUCCUUGUAGUGGAGAGUCACCUAUUUUUGGCGCCGUCCCCUGUUUCAUACAUUCCAAUGACUGGAUCAGGUCUGACUGACAAGAUGACCUUCCUCCAAAGAGUCCAAAACAUGCUCUCUUACAUUGCAGCAAAUGUCCAACAACGUCUCCUGAUUCACAAAGUUUACCAGAAGCUGUGCGACAAGCAUCUUGGGCCGGGCCACGAUUACUACCAGCUCAUGAUGAGAGCCGAUAUCUGGCUGAUGAGGGCGGAUUUCGUGUUUGAGUAUCCUCGUCCAACGAUGCCUAAUGCUGUCUACAUGGGAGGCUUCCAGUGCAAUCCCGCUCGGCCUCUGCCCCAACAUUUAGAGGAGUUUGUCCAGAGCUCUGGGGAACAUGGGGUCAUCCUCAUGUCUCUGGGAACUUUUGUGAAGGAACUUCCAGAGGACAUGACAGAGGUGAUCGCAGCAGGUUUCGCCAAGCUACCUCAGAAGGUCAUCUGGAAGUAUCAAGGUAAAAGACCUGCAACUUUAGGCAACAACACGAUGACAGUGGAGUGGAUGCCUCAGAACGACCUCCUGGGACAUCCCAAGGUUAAACUGUUUGUUGCUCAUGGAGGAACCAAUGGGGUGCAGGAGGCCAUAUAUCAUGGCGUACCAGUGGUGGGCUUACCUUUGUUUUUCGAUCAAUACGACAACCUGCUGCGGCUGGCUGACAGAGGAGGCGCCAAAAUCCUCAGCAUUAGAACUGUGGAUAAGGACGACAACUUUGUCAACGCUGUCGAGGAAGUCCUGACUGAUCCGUCCUACAGAAGCAACAUGCAGAGACUCUCAAGGCUGCACCGAGAUCAGCCCAUGAAGCCUUUGGACACUGCUGUGUUCUGGAUCGAGUUUGUCAUCAGACACAAAGGAGCAGCUCACCUGAGAUCAGAGUCCAUCAAUCUACCGUGGUACACCUACCACAGUGUGGACGUGCUGCUCUUCCUGGCUGCUGCUGCACUGCUGCUGCUCUCACUUCUUCUCUUCGCUGUGAAGUUCUUGUUCACCAGGAUCUGUCGACGUAAAGUCAAACGAGAAUAAGAAGUGUUUAAAUGUUUCUGUAUUUUGUGAAAGUGUUUGAUCAACAAAGGACCUGAAUGAUCAUCUUGACAACGACAGUGCAGCAGAAUCAACCAGAGUUCACCCGAGGCUGCCACUGCUGGAUUUGAAGUGCUGGGCGCCAUAUUUCUAACAAUCGUACCAAAUCUAUAACAAUUUAUAAUUUCUGUAAAAAUAAACAAAUUCCUGCCAAGUGAGCAAAAAAAACUAGCUAAAAUAGUGAAUACUGAAGUUCUCAGUCACCCCUGAAGCAUGCUGAGAGGAGACCAACUCAAGGGUCCCGCCUCAUGACGUUUUUUCUUUUAUCUGUCAGACACCCCAGACAUGAAGAUGAGAAGUCUGCUGGUGACUGUUGUGAGUGGAGUCCGGACUCCAGUGGGCUUUCCUGGUUCACAUGUUGCAAAGAGAAAGACAAAUGGAGUAAUGUCUCCUCUGUGAAGAGGGGUGGCACUGUGAGCGCUUUAGUCCUUCCGGUUCAACUCUCAAUAGACUAUGAAAACAGAACUAACACGUCGCAAGUUGAUGUUUUUUGGACCACCGUAUUGGCCUCAAUACACAGGGAUUGUACUCAAUGAUCAACUUAUUUAGUUAAAGAGGUCCCGAGUCAGCACAUCGGAGCGAUGCGAUUCAAUGUUGCCAUCAUCCUGGAAUGAUCAUCUUAGCCAACACAGUGGAGGAGAGUUUCCUUCAACAGGUUUUUUUGGAUAAAAGUAAACCUGCAAUUUUCUGUGCAGUGUAGUUUGGGAGUCAUGCUUUAGAUUAGGGUACUGGAAGAUGAGCCACUCGCUGGGUGAUGAGAGGCUCAUGGGGACCUUAUUGCUGUCACUUCACUUGGAAACUCACUGAUGAUCCACUGCCAUAAAUAAACAUAAAUUGUUUUACUGGUUCUGAUUUGAAACAAAUAAAUGAGUUUCAACUACAAAUAUGUUGUGUCCAGAGUGUAGCCAUCAGUGCAGCACUGCUAUAUGGCUGAGCUCUGAGUUCUCUUUGCACACUGGAUCAACCAGACAACAAAAGCAGAUGCCCACAUGUUGCAGACGCACAAUCUGACAGAGAACAAACAAAAUCUGACGAAUAAUGUUGUCCUCAUUCAACACUUGACACUCAUUUUACAGUUUUCUACUCUUUCAAGUGCUCAUGGGCUAAAAAGGAAAUGUAGAUAAGAUAAAUAGAAGGCAAUAAGCCAUACCGCUACCAAGGUCAACGUACAUAGAGUGCUCCCCUUGUUGGGAAAGUGAGCACAAAGAGAAGAAAAAAAAAUCAUAGCGGAGUUUAUAUUAGGGUGAGUCACCAUGAGGAGGUGCUAUCGAUGGCGACAGCAUUCUGGUACAGAUCCAGUCACCUUAAAGGUCAAUGAGCAUGUUUACAGCACUCUAUAAGAGAAGCUUGAAGCAGCUUCUCUAGGGCAGAGGUUGGGAAACUGCCUGCAUUGACGUGGCCAUCAUGAGCAAAACAACAAAAGAUAUUGUACGUUUAUCAAUCUUCAUUUCUUUUAAAAUUCUGAAUAGAAAAUCAUUUGUCUUGUCUCUUUUUACAUUGGAUUCUGCUCGUGCUCAUUUUAACAGUAGUUUCUGUCCCUCAAAAAUGAGAAUACUUUGGGGGGAAUUAAGUGCCUUUAUAUCACGUUGUUUUACCCACAGUUUGUCCAAGCUAUUCACCACUUUAAAAGCUCUCCCACGAUGUAAAAUGAGAAUGUCUAAAUAAAAU